AUGCUUCUUGGAGACGACGCGAUUACGUCUCUUGCCGGUUGGCAAAAUCUUCCAUUUGGCAAUGGAUAUUCGGUCCCGAGCAAUGCGGCGCCUACGGAGGGGGGCCCGCCUCCGCCACCUCCAGGCACGGCUCACCAAGCCGAGAUGGCCGGAUUUCUUGCCGGAGUUGGCGAUCGAUUUAACAACCAACUAACCGGAGAUGUGGGCUAUGCUUCCCCUGCUCUCUCCAUGGUCGUCGAGGGAAACCAGGGACAACGUCCCCGCCAACGCAAACCCCGUGCACGAGCGCCCGCCCCACAGGAGUGGGAGUAUCAUAAGAAUAACAUUGAGUGGUGGUAUAUGCACAAGAACCUUACUUUGGCGGCAACUAUGGUGAAAAUGACGACAAUUCACCAGUUUAUUGCAACGGACAAGAUGUAUAAAGACAAGUUCAAACAGUGGAAAUGGUCCAAGAAUAUGACAAAAAACAUAGCCGCGCGGAUGACCGAUUUCAACCCUAGAAGGCCACUUUUAGGUUUGAAUAUAGGUAACUUAAAGUGGCCCAUCGAGCGGAUAAAGAACAUGAAGUCGUUGGGCAGAGCUUCCGGCGAAGGAGGCUCUUCUAUACAGGAGGACUGCCCCACGCUGGACGGUUCGACCUAUGAGACAGCAACGUUUUCCGGCAUUACGGACAAUGACAGCAACUUCGGGAACUUACAUGGCACUGAUGGAGCCUGUGCCGAUACUACCGAAGACCUGUGCAGGUCCCUUGACGAAGGGCAGUGCCGCAUCAAUUUGACUUCGGAAAUCCACUCCCGCGUCCAAGAAGUUACGAAAGCGUUCGACGAAGUUACCUGUAACUACGAAGAGGCAGAGUCAACCCUUAAGGAUGCGCUUUCCUGCUACAACUACCACCUAUCGCCAGUUCACCCCAAGACACAGGAGGCUGGCCACAUGCUUGCCUCCUUAUUUGUCAAAACGAGGCGCAUCGGCGAUGCUAAUUGCAUACUUGACUGGAUGACCAAUAAGCAUGGAGGUACCACCUCUUGCAGCUCCAAGAUCGUGGCUCAUGUGCUCCGUGUCAUAGCCUUCCUUCGUAGGACACGAAGGGAUGGAGAGGCAGAUCUAUUUACACUCCGCCUCUUAAAGAACCACCGAGGUCCGGAGGCGCGUCAUUUCCUCCUACAGAAUUCUUUUAUUCGUUGUAUCAGGUCGAAUGAGAGGAUUGAGGAUCUGCUAGCACAGAGUGAACCCGAUGAGCUGACGACCAUGUUCAACAUUCUGAAAGAUCUUUCAAAAGAUCCCAACAACCAUGCGUUACUUCAAGAUCUACUCUCUCAUUAUAUACGGAAGUGCGACCAACUGAGGCUUGAGCACCUGGCCAUCUGCUCUAGAUGCAUUUUGGCGACCAUAUUAGCCGAGAGCCACCAACUUGAGAGAGCUUUACAUACUGCGGAAGAAAGCGAGCAGCUUUUGAAGCAUCAACCUUCAAUGGAGCCCUCGACGUUCGAAUUGACUAAACGUGUUGCUUUUACGUUCUUUGAGAUAGACAUAGAAGCCUGUUUCAGAGUCCUAGGCUCCGUAUUACAGAAUAUGGACGUCGAAAAGUUCAACGAUAGUCGCAGCGGCUACAGGAUUUCGGUGUGCGAGUUUCUCAUCUCGACGGCAUCUGAAUUCCACAACAGGCGUGAAUGCGACCAAAGCCGUGCUUGGAUGAACCAAGUUUACUCACGGUUCGAUAUACUGUUUGGGGAUAAUCAUGAAUUUACGAGGCAGGUAAAAGAAACGAUGGAGACUUGCGACAUGGAUAGGUUGAUGAGUGGUUUGCUUAGGAUGAAACUGGAUGAUUAA